CAGGAGGACGGGGAGGGCAGCGUGCUGGCCAACGACGGACGAGCUGAGGAUGACCACGAGGCGGAAGUGACAGGGACAAUGGGUGAGGAGCCGUGGACAAGCGGAGCGAGACGCCGGCGUGAUCGAAAGGUUCCGGCGUGGCAUAAGGAUUAUCUACUCUUAGAAGUCACUCGAGUCUUGGGCGCCGCGGGUUUGCCGGCAAAGGGCACGGCGGAAUAUUACUCGGCAUGGGCGGCUUACGAUCAUCGCCGCCACCUCUCUUCCUCCCACCGGCACUCACCGGCGUUCACCUUUGCCGGUGGCGAUGUCACCGAGAACAUAAACAACUUGGCCAGAUGUGGAAAAGUAGAAACGGGUGAUUUUCUGGACGUGGAUGCGGUCAACGGGCUACUUGGACUGGGGUACACUGCGCUGGACGUCACAAGCCUCCUAUCGUCCCAAGGUUUGGUUCGAAACUCAUUCUCUAUGUGUUUCGCACCCAAUGGGUACGGUAGGAUCGCUUUCGGGGAUAAAGGUGACGAUGGCCUGACAUUCACCCCAAUAUUACCUACCUUUGACAAAAGCCCUUAUUACAACAUUGAGAUAGAGCACAUAUCUGUCGAAAAUGUUGUAAUCAAUGUUUCGCUGGUGGCCCUUUUUGACUCCGGCACCACUUUGACCUACCUGACCGGAGAGGCAUACACCUUAGUCACCAAAAUUAGGCGUGAAUUGAACCGGGCUAAGUUUGCAGAAGAUAUCAAGAUCCAAGGUCGCCGUCUGAAAUCCGAGGAUUGACCGCCGUUCUCGAUGGCUGGACGAUCGACGACGACGGAGCACAGCAGCAGCAAACCCAACCGACGAAAUCGAGGCGUGAGGAUCGAUCUCCGUUCCUCGCCUCCCAUCUGUCGCUUCUUCCCAGCGAUGUCCGUUGCCGAUCGAGAUUUCCGAGCAUCGCUCUGCCGCCGCACUCCAUCUGGUGGUUCUGUACUGCAUCUAAUGAGAAACGCAGAUCUCCCAUACUCUUUUUAACUCAAUCGCGAUAAUAUAGAGAGUGGACCAUG